AACAUCUCCUCACCCUCCCUUGAGAUAGAUUUGCAGGAGCCAAAAACUAGGGUUUUACCUGCUGAACCUCUUCUUCUAGUUUCCUUCUUUUGAGAGAGAAAAGGAAGAGGUGGAGGUAAAGACACAGAGAGGGACCUUCAACUACUAGUGGAUACAGAGAUGGGAUUGUUCUCCAUUCAGCCUAAUCCAUUGGUUUUCACUUUCGGUCUCUUAGGUAAUAUCAUCUCCUUCAUGGUGUAUAUUGCUCCGACGACAACAUUUGUUAGGGUUUGCAAGAAGAAAUCAACUGAAGGGUUUCAAUCCUUACCAUAUGUGACUGCACUGUUCAGUGCCAUGCUUUGGAUAUAUUAUGCAUACCUGAAGACUGGUGCUUAUUAUCUUAUCACCAUUAACUCUGUUGGAUGUGUCAUAGAGACAAUCUACAUUGCCAUCUACUUGGUUUAUGCACCAAAGAAAGCAAGGAUUUUGACCGCGAAGCUGCUUGUAUUGAUGAAUCUUUGUUUGUUUAGCAUGAUCCUUAUUCUCAGUCAAUUCUUAGCCAAAGGACAGAAUAGGGUUCGAGUUGUUGGAUGGAUAUGUGAUACCUUCUCUGUAAUAGUCUUUGUGGCACCCUUAAGCAUUGUGAGGUUGGUCAUUCGCACAAGGAGUGUGGAGUAUAUGCCAUUUACUUUAUCCUUCUUCCUCACCUUGAGUGCAGUAAUGUGGUUCUCCUAUGGUUUUCUUCUGAAGGACCUUUACAUAGCUCUCCCAAACAUACUGGGUUUCAUCUUUGGAGUACUACAAAUGGUGCUAUAUUUGAUCUACAAGGGCUGUAUUAAGAAGGUUGUGGGGCAGAAGGUGCAAGCUGAACAAGUCAUUGAUGUGGCAGUCAAGCUAAGCACAAUAAGAUGUUUGGAGGUGAACCCAGUUGAGAUACAAGCAGUAGAGACAAAAGCACAAGAAGUAGUAGUUGAAGAAGCCUUGGAUGAGAGGAAUAAGGAGCAUGAAGCUGAGAGAAACCCUACCUUCCUUAUCCCUAGUGAGGAACGCGUGGGACCCCCAAAUGAACUCAAGCUCAUUGUGUGCCAAGCCUGAUGAUCAUCAAGCAAUGACCCUCUGAUUGAUCCUGAUCAUCUCUGAAGGGAUUCAGAAAUUUUAGAUACCUAAUUAUAAAACCCUAUUGGUAAAUGCUAAUAAUCACCCUCUCCCUCAUCUCAUCUUAUGAUCUAUGAUCAUCUAGAUAUAUAUGAUAUAUCUAAGCUUCCCCCCCCCCAACUCCCCAAUUCAAGUGUGUACACCCUAAAGCCACAGAUUUUCUCCGUCCCCCACCCUCCCUGUGUCUUUCUCAUCGAUGUAUGUGUAGUGUAACUGUGUAUGUUUAUAUAUGACAGCAUAAGAGAAGAAGUGGAAUGUCCAAAACUUUUUCUA